AUGAACCGCGCAGCGGCCCAGCGUGCGUCGCCGGUGCGGAUGCGCGACCUGCGCGAGACGUCGCUUCCGGCGCUGUACCGUACAUGGCGUGAACAGGCACGGCUGCUUGCGUACCAAUUUGACGACUCGUACCUGUACGCUGCGCACUCGUUCCUCGCACGCACCGCCAUCGAGUCGGCGAGGGCGUCGUGGAAAAAAAAGGCGCACGACGUGGAGCGUAUGCCCGAAAGCGCGCAGCGCAAAUAUACCCUGUGUGUAGACCGCAUGAGCCAGCUUGCGAAUGCGACGCUAGGCUGGCCGCAUGCCGUGUCGCGUGCGCUUGACCAGGCGUACGCGCGCCGCGGGCGGAUCCGCCAGGCGCUUCUUUCGCUCGUUGCGCCCCCCCACCCCUCACCUGCGGUCGGCGACGAGGCUCGGUACCCCGGCCGUCUGCGCCUCCCGUCCCUCUCGCCUGUGUUGCGUGCGCUGCUCGUCGCCCCUGCCGCGCAGCGCAGCUCGCCGGCGAAAGAGAGCACGUUGGCGUGCCCUCCGAAGCUUGCGCUCGCGCGCGAGUCGGCGGCGCGCAUCCCCGGGCGCCGCAUCGGCCGGCGGCGUACGGCAAAUGCACACUGGCGCUACGUCACCGGCCAGAUGGCCAAGCUACGUCUCCCCCUCGGCGUCGAAGUCGGCGGCGUAAAGCACAACGAAGUCAUCCGGCACAUGGAGAGCCGCGCCAAGAGCCCCGGCACGUCGGUCCCCCGCCGCCUCCAGCAAGGGCCGAACGAGCGGACAGAGCGCCCCCCCAUGCCCGUCUACCUUGCCUCGGCGCAGCGCCGCGCCGCCGAGCUCGGCGUCACGACGCCGUUCCAGCGCAUUGGGCGGCGCCGGCGAAAGUCCGGCUGGAAGUCGGCGCGCAUCGACUACACCACCGACCACCGCGCGCGGCGGCGGCAGUGGGCGCGCCUCCUUGCCUACUCGCCGAUCCUGCGCAUCCCUGCCUCGAUGCAGGACCACGCCGCAGCCUAUACCCAUGCGCUGUCGCAGCAAGCGCUCGUGGCGCCUCGGCCCGCGCCGUGGCGCGCGGCGCGCGAUGCGCUGCGUGUCGCGCAGCAUGCGAUGCGCGACCUCCCCCAAGGCGCCACGCCGACCGUGCGUGUCUCCAAACACGCGCUGUACACCGGCAAAGGCCCCCGGCGCGCCGCCCGAUCCGCCGCGACGCCCGCCGAGCUCGCCUGGCUCACUUCAUAG